AUUCAAAGUCGUUACGGCUCAAAUCUCUGGCUUACCUGUCUUUCCGGGCAUCGUGAAUGACCAUGGCUGUUAAAUCUCUAAUUAAAAAAAAAAAGAAAAAAAAGAAGAAGGUUUCAGGAAGUAACCAUUUUAAACUUUUCCCUUCCUAUCCAUCACCUUCCCUACAUCCCAUCGAUCCCCACCUUCCCAUUUCAAUAUCUCAAACCAGCUUCUUGAUUCAUCUCUCUGCAGCCACCGAAUAAACUAAACCUAAAAAGGUUCAACUUCCUUGUAAAGGGGUAUAUAUAAGCAUCUAACCAUGAGCCUCAAUUGUCUUACCUGCCAAGACCUGCAAAGGAGUGAUUCUGAGAGAGAGAAUUUGCAAGGUAAAAGACAUAAAAAUAAUAAACUAUGUUGCAUUAAGGUGGAAAGAAGCUGGUCAGGAAAAUUGAGCCCGCCAUCUUAUGGGCAAGUGGGGAGAAAUUCUAAUCUGUUUUCUGCAAGAAGGGUGAUCAAGAAAGAGCCUCGCCGCUUAAACAUCACAGGAGGUGUUACAUUCAAGGGAUGUGACGAGCCAAAGUUGGUGAGGAGCUCUGGAAUGAGAAGGGAUUGGAGCUUUGAGGAUUUAAGAAAAGCAUGCAACGGAAAUUAUUAACAUAUAUGCGUUCUAAUUAUAUAUCAACCCCAGCCACAUACAUUUUUUUCAAUUUUUUUUAGGUACCUGCCAUGUUCACAUCUUCAUGCUCAUAACUAUUUGAUUUGCAUUGCAUUGCGCGGCAUCGUGAUUUAUGGGGCUUUUAUAUGAGGAUUUUCCCAGCAAGGAUUUCUCCAUGUGCGAAUAUUUGUAAGAGUUAAUUCAGAUUUUGCAUCAAGAGGGUGGGAGCUUGAAGGAUUGUUAUUUGCAGACGAAGUGCUGAUGGAAUAAGGUGAUGGCAAUCCUUUUAAUAUUUGCUUACCAGCUAUCAUCUCAUGUGAUGUGCUGCCUUAAGAUCAUGUAAGCAUUAGUACUAUUUUUGCUGAAAAAACAAAAAGAAGUUGCUAUCAGAACCUUUUGUAAAGAGGUAAGGGAUGAAGGUUGCGUGGUGGAUACAAGAUGAACCCAGCUUUCCCCUGGUGGAAUAUUAGGACAAUGAUAUGCUGCUCUAUUAUCAGUCUUCAACUAGGUUUUCUGUCGAAAUUGUGCAUACAUUGGUUCAAAUCACCGUUUGUCUGUACUGAUCCAGAAUCCCAGACAAUAAAUUUAUAGCUUGGAUCGUGGAGAUCAAAACGUCCGUCUACUGAUCUGCCAUGUGAUCUGGAUAUGCGGGGAUAUUAUUUUAAAACUCAUAUUUUUUGUUUCAUAGUAAGCAUUUGAUUGGAUAUUGGGCUUGUAAUUUAUUUAUUUAUUUUACCUUAUAUAUAAGAUUUUUUAAAA